CGCCUCUACUUAUAUAUAGACCCGGCCUCCCUCCUGUCGUCGCAUUGCCAUCCUUGUCCUUGCUCUCCAUCUAAGAAGAGAGGUUAGCUCGAAGCAGAGGUGCGGCGAAGAAGAGAGGUCGUUCAAGCAGAGGCAAUAACGAUGGUGAAGCUGGGCAAGAAGCCGAGCAAGGGGCGGCAGAAAAUCGAGAUCCGCUUCAUCGAGGACAAGGCGAAACGCCAGGUCACGCUGUGCAAGCGCAAGGGCGGGAUCUUCAAGAAGUGCUCCGAGCUCCAGCUCCUCUGCGGCGCGCACGUCGCCGUCGCCAUCUUCUCCAAGAAAGAGGAGGAGGAGCGGCCCCAGCCCCAGGGCGACGGGGAACCGCCCGCUCCGGCGGCGGGCGGCAGGAGGACCUCCCGCGCCGGCAACGUGUUCGCCUUGGGCACACCCUCCGUCGACCACGUCCUCCGCCGCUUGGCCCCGCUCCCCGGCGACGAGAUGGGCCCCUUCCUCCCCGCGGGCGCCGAGCGCGCCGCGGUGGAGGCGGCGGCGCAGGAGCUGACGGAGGCUGAGGCGCUCGUGAAGGCGGAGAAGGAUCGGAUGAGCGCCGUCGGGGAGAAGGUGCUGCAGGCCGCGGAGGCGGGCGGAAGGCGGUUCUGGUGGGAGGCCGACGUCGAGGCGCUCGGGGAGGCGGAGCUGCCGGAGUUCGCCAGGGCGCUGCAGCGGGUCAGGGAGACCGUGCAACGCGAAGCAGACAAGCGGCGGGCCUCGGCUCCGCCGGCGGCGCCGUGGCAUCCGUAGGGCCGGAGUAGUACAGAGUCGCAUUAAUUGCGGGGUAAUUCGAUUCAAUUACGGAGCCUGUUUACUUGCUUAAAAUGUUCUAUUUACGUGCUGAGUGUAGAAAGUAGAUUAGUACUAGUAUGCUCAGGUUGGCCACCUUUAUGGGCUAGUAUUACCUAGCUUAGGGUGAUUACGUACAUUACAUACUUAUGCUGACAACUUAAUGUUCAUCUAUCAAACCAACAGAAGUUUGCUUA